UCGUUUGAUGUUGUUUUGAACGAUAAUGAAUUUUCAAAUUCGUCUUUCUAGGGAAACCAACAUUGCAUAUAUCACAGCUGAAAGAUAAUUUAUUUUAAAAAUCGUGAAUCGCCUGUGUAUACCUAUUGAUUAUCGAACAGCUGUGAAUAAAACUAUCAGACGGUCGCUUACGAAUUUCUCAUUUGCGCGGAAAUUAAAAAUUUGUAUGUAUCUUUCUGGAGUAUAAUUGUUAUAUUUAAAAUAUCGCAUAAUGAGUGACUUACGUACACUAUGUCGCACUUGUGGAAUAACAAUAAAUACAAAGCAUGAUACUAAACUAUUUGAGGAAUUUAACUAUCAUUUAGUUACUUUACUCGAAGACAUCACAGACAUGUUGAUUGAAAAUGACAUUGCCAUGCCGGAACACAUUUGCAUUACAUGUAAAUCGAUGUUAGAUCAAAUCGUUAAAUUCCGAUCCAAUUGCCUGAGUACACAUAAGAAACUAAUAGCUGUGAAAAUGAAGAAUUUACAAAGCAACAUUCUUGCCCCUGAAAGUCGCUCAAAAGUUAAUAUCGUUUUUGACAAUAUAGAAUAUGAUACAACCGAAAGCAGUAAGACCUGUGAUGAACAACAAGCAACAACAAACCUGGGUAAUGAUAUCCACAGGUACAGCAAAGCAUCAGUUGACGUUCCUGCAAAAAGGACACCUCAAGUGAAAAAUAAAAGGAUAUAUAAGUCCAAAGAAGCCAAAACGUGGAUCUGUGAACAGUGCGGUGGGGAAUUUAAAUGUUCCACGUAUUUAAAAUUGCAUAUGUUGCGCCACACUGGAACUAAGAAAUUUGAGUGUGACAUUUGUAAGAGGGGAUACUAUACUAAGAACGAGAUGGAGCGCCAUAAAAUUUUACAUACCAAUGCUAGACCAUACGCCUGUCGUUUCUGUGAUAAAACCUUUCGAGGCACUAGUAGUAAGACAGUUCACGAAAGAGCACAUACAAACGAGCGACCAUUUGUUUGCCAGUACUGUGAUAAAACCUUCAGGUCUACUUCGGUACGGAAAAUGCAUGAACGUGUGCACGUUAAUCAACGAAACUAUCACUGUGAGCCGUGCGACCAAUGGUUUUUACGACCUUCACAUUUAUUAUUACAUCAACAAACCAAGCUCCACAAAAAUAAAACCUCAAGCGGAUAGAUUUUGUUUUUACCUACAUAUGUAAAUUUAUUUACAAAUUGAAGCAAUGCAAGCUGAACUAAAUAUAAUCGUCACCAUGUGAUUGUCAAUAACAA